CCGGGAACCUUAGUAACGCGCGGGUCCUCCACGUUAGGUGCGCGUGUGGAGUCGGCGGAAAGGGAAAGCGGAGAGAGGCGGACUGAGUCUCCCGGUGCCUCCCUUUCUCGUGGCUGCCAGCAGCGGGAUGAAGAUCGAGGAGGUGAAGAGCACCUCGAAGACGCAGCGCAUCGCUGCGCACAGCCAUGUCAAGGGUCUGGGCCUGGAUGAGAGCGGGGCGGCCAAGCCAGCGGCAGCCGGGUUGGUUGGGCAGGAGAACGCGCGAGAGGCAUGUGGUGUUAUUGUGGAACUGAUCAAAAGCAAGAAGAUGGCUGGCAGAGCUGUGUUGUUGGCAGGACCUCCUGGAACUGGCAAGACUGCUUUGGCUCUAGCUAUUGCUCAAGAGCUGGGUAGUAAGGUUCCCUUUUGCCCUAUGGUUGGAAGUGAGGUAUACUCUACUGAAAUAAAGAAAACGGAAGUCUUGAUGGAAAAUUUCAGACGAGCAAUUGGACUGAGAAUUAAAGAAACAAAGGAAGUUUAUGAAGGUGAAGUCACAGAAUUAACUCCAUGUGAAACUGAGAACCCUAUGGGAGGAUAUGGUAAAACUAUUAGUCAUGUCAUAAUUGGACUCAAAACUGCAAAAGGAACCAAACAGUUGAAGUUGGACCCCAGUAUCUUUGAAAGUCUGCAAAAGGAAAGAGUAGAAGCUGGCGAUGUGAUUUACAUUGAAGCAAACAGUGGAGCUGUUAAAAGGCAAGGCAGGUGUGAUACCUAUGCAACGGAAUUUGACCUUGAAGCUGAAGAGUAUGUUCCGUUGCCAAAGGGUGAUGUGCACAAGAAGAAAGAAAUUAUCCAGGAUGUCACCUUGCAUGACUUGGAUGUUGCCAAUGCUAGGCCUCAGGGUGGUCAAGAUAUCCUUUCCAUGAUGGGACAACUGAUGAAACCUAAAAAAACUGAAAUCACAGACAAGCUUCGAGGAGAGAUCAACAAAGUGGUGAAUAAAUACAUUGAUCAAGGCAUUGCAGAGUUGGUCCCUGGUGUGCUCUUUGUGGAUGAGGUUCACAUGCUGGAUAUUGAGUGCUUCACGUAUUUGCACCGAGCACUGGAAUCUUCUAUUGCUCCGAUUGUCAUCUUUGCUUCCAACCGGGGAAACUGUGUAAUCAGAGGUACAGAAGAUAUAAUCUCUCCUCACGGGAUACCUCUGGAUCUCCUGGACAGAGUGAUGAUAAUUAGAACCAUGUUAUAUACACCACAAGAAAUGAAACAGAUCAUAAAGCUUCGAGCCCAAACAGAGAGUAUUAAUAUUAGCGAAGAGGCAUUGAACCAUCUUGGAGAAAUUGGCACCAAGACAACCUUAAGGUACGCUGUUCAGUUACUUACCCCAGCCAAUCUGCUAGCCAAGAUAAAUGGGAAAGACAGCAUAGAAAAGGAGCAUGUUGAAGAAAUAAAUGAACUCUUUUAUGAUGCCAAAUCCUCAGCAAAAAUCCUGGCUGAUCAACAGGAGAAAUACAUGAAGUGAAGAAGUUUGUUCACCUUUGUAGUAUUCACAUCUUCAUUUUAUGAUAUUCAAGUGUUUGAAAGAAAGCAGGCAAGAGAGACGUUAACGUCCAUUGGAACAGUACUUAAUAAUAAUCAAAAUACUAUUUUGUGGCUUAAUCUAGAAUCUCCUUUGUUCCUGCUUCACUGAGAUGGAAUGAAAUGAUUUCUCAGCCUGUUGGUAUCUUAAUGUUUUUUGUAUUGCAUGCUAUGUGAAAUGGAUGUGUGCUGGCAUUCCCCUGUGAUCAUCUUUUAGAUUUGGUCUGUUUCCUUAAUAUAUUUUAUUUUCAAAUAA